AUGUCAUCAGGACAGGCACUUACAGGCGCACAGUCCCUCUCAGAGGAGGACCAAAAACUAUUUCGGCUAUACGGGAAACUGCCGAACCGCAAAGAUCUACUGGCAAAUAAGCUCAAGGAACGCAAAUACUUUGAUUCGGGUGAUUAUGCAUUGUCCAAGGCCGGGCGUGCGCCGAAGCAGGACGUCGGUACGACAAUUCCGAGCACAGAAAAUGUGCCACACGCGGCGAGCGGCUUGAGUGCCAGCCCGGAGACACCAGCGAGUAUGGGCCUAUCUCCGCCAUCGAAUCAUAAAGGCACUGCACCUGUUGGCAUCCCCGGCACAAGCCCCAACAUGUCGCAGCACCGGCACUCUGUGUCCAUGGGACUGGGCGCGUCGCCAUCGCGGUCUUCGUUUGUCACUGCAACUGGCGUACAUGCGGGUAGCCCAGGGCGCGAGCCCACUAGCUCGCUUGCACGCGAGCAGCUUCCUGAUAUUGGGAAUUAA